AUGAAUCGCAGGGACGAAAUUGAGCCGUCUGACCCCAAUGCUCCUUUGCUCCCUUCCGAGCCACGGAUAGACCAUGAACCCCAACAUGAAGGUAGCAGUAGGCUGAAGCCUACUACCAACUCGGAACAAACAAACGGGUGGUUUAUAUACGCUCUGACCUUCUCCGCAGGCAUAAGUGGGUUGUUAUUUGGUUACGACACAGGUGUCAUUUCCGCAACCUUAGUAUCGAUCGGGUCCGACCUCUCUAAACAUCGUCUAACGACAUUGGACAAGAGUCUCGUGACAUCCUGCACCAGCCUGUUCGCUCUGAUUGCGAGUCCGCUAGCGGGAAUCCUGGCAGAUAAAUUCGGUCGCAGAAAGGUCAUUCUCGUUGCAGACGUGCUUUUCACUCUUGGCGCUUUGAUACAAGCUGUCACAAGCGCAGUAUGGGGCAUGAUAGCUGGAAGAAGCAUUGUUGGCCUGGCGGUUGGUGGAGCAAGUCUGGUGACUCCAUUAUAUAUAUCCGAGUUGGCACCUUCUCAUGCUAGAGGAAGGCUUGUGACGAUACUGAGUCUCUUUAUUACAGGCGGACAAGUCGUUGCUUAUAUCAUCGGCUGGUUAUUCUCCUCUGUAUCUGGGGGCUGGCGCUAUAUUGUUGGCCUUGGAAUGCUCCCAGCAGUUUUUCAAUUUUUCAUAGUUCUAGCUCUUCCAGAAACCCCUCGGUGGCUGGUCCAAGCAGGGUUUGAAGAGAAAGCUACGAAAGUCCUCUCCCGGGUCUACGGGAGUCAUCCCGACAGUGGCCUCAUGGCUAAGCAGGUUAUGCGUGAUAUCCAGCAAGAAGUGGCUGAGGAGGAGGAAGAGUUGACUCAAACCAAUAAGCCCUCCACAGGGAAUUGGCAGUGGCUGACGAACGUUACGCAGUGUGCUUGCCACUUAAUCCUCGUCGGUGGUAAUCGGAGGGCGUUGAUUAUAGCGGUUAUGCUGCAAGCCACACAACAAUUGUGUGGAUUCAAUAGUCUCAUGUAUUUCUCGGCGACAAUUUUCUCCAUGCUGUCGUUUUCAUCACCAACACUCGUGUCAUUGUCGGUGGCGUUGACCAAUUUCUUAUUCACCUUACUCGCAUUUGCCUUUAUCGAUAGGAUUGGUCGGCGCCGCAUCCUCCUGUACUCAAUGCCAGUGAUGGCUCUCUCACUCAUUGCUUGCGCUUUUACGUUCGGCUCAGUCGAAAUGCCGAACCCCGAGUCAAGGGUACGAGCGGAAGAUGCCACAAUUGAUAGCGCUUUCCUUCCUAUUGUUAUCUUGAUAUGCCUCACCGUUUAUGUGGGAGCUUAUGCAUUCGGGCUUGGAAACGUGCCCUGGCAGCAAUCAGAGCUCUUCCCCUUGAAUGUGCGCUCCUUGGGAUCAGCCUUGGCUACUGCCACGAAUUGGGGGUCAAACUUCGUUGUCGGCCUAACUUUUCUGCCUAUGAUGGAAUGGCUCUCACCUGGAUGGACAUUUGCGGCCUAUGCGGCCGUAUGUGUGUUCGGUUGGUUUGGUGUAUACGCUAUCUAUCCCGAAAUGAGCGGGCUUCGCUUGGAGGAAGUCAAGGAACUCCUAUCAGACGGCUGGGGUGUUCAGGAAAGUUUAAGAAGACGUCGUGGUCGUCCCGAUAUUAUUCAAUACAUUGCUUACUUGCUACCUCACGACGUCGAUAUGGUAAACUUCGCCCAAUGCUGCCCUUGGCUCGCAGCAAAAACACUUCCGGCUCAUUCUUCCAUCUGGCGAAGCCGCUUCAGUGAUAUCUACGACGUUACUCGGCAGUAUGCGUCUGAUGAAGUCAAGGUUGAAUAUCAAAUUCGAGCCAUUGUCCUCUCACAAUCCAUCACUUUUCGCUUCGGCCAAAAAGAGGCGCAGACUUUCUGGCUGGAAGUCCUCCGAGAUAUGCUACUUGAAUCAUACUGUCUACUAGAAUCGAACAAGCCAUUGACUUCUAAGAACCACCGAAAGAUUCGAGGCAUACUCUCUAGCUCUGAAUUUCUGAACAGGCCCGUUAGUGGCUACAGUCAGAAGGAUGCAGGCCCGCCUUCCGAUCUAUUCUGCGCAACCCAAUUAUGCCUGACUGGGCUAACUCUGGACCCUCUUAUGUGUAUUCAGUGUCUAAGGGCGGACUAUGACGUCGGUAUUGUCUAUGAUUACAGGGCUGAGAACAGCAGCAGACCGAUUGUGCAGGGAAACAAGCUCGACCUGGAGAAAUUACUUCACAUACGCAACUUCUGGCUUCGUCAUAUUCUCUGCCCGGCUGAAGGGACCUUUCACUCUUCUUACAUUGACCUGGCUCCAUGCUACAAGCCUAGAUCCUGGGGUGAGCUUGCGCCUUCUAAUGACGAAUUGCCCUGGAUGGGAUAUGCAUCAUGCGUCCAUCCAUAUCCAAGAUCUCUAAAGAUCCUCGAGGAUCGCCAGACAUGUGCGGAUCUGGACACUGAUUGUGUACAAGUCCGAUUUCGGUCUUUUCUAGUGAAACCCGACUCCAACCCUUUAAACUGGCCACCUAUACUUCAAUCAGUACUACCCACUGAUCCCCCAAACCCCGAACGGUCUUAUUUCCGUGGGAUACGGAGAUCACCUGGUUACGUCGCUCAGACCCUAGGUUUGGUGCGAGGAUUCUGUGAACCGAUCGCCGAUGCUCAAGGGGGCUUUCCUGGCUGGCGUCGCAUUUGCUUUGUGAUAUAUGAGUGGGACCAAGAGCAGCUACCCGUUCCUCCUGCUCAUAAUGGCACAGAGGCCGCUAUGGAUGAGAACCCUUGGCUUUUCGAGGCAGGAUGGCCGCCGUCGGACUUUGAGUCUGAUUUUUACUUGGUACAGGUUUACGAGGGCGUUAUCUUACCAGAAGGUAAUAUCAUGAUCGGAAGUUGGAUAGAUCUGCUGGAGACGCUGGACAAGGGUCCGUUUAUUUUCUGGAAACAAUGACGGUUUUGCCUGUUUUUGAGCUCGUUUUUUAUUUUUGAUAACGUCUGGGUCGGAUGAAAUACAUGGCAG